UCAGCUGUAGAAGCAGAAACAGGAAGUGGCUGUCACCUCCGGUUUGAAAACAACCCUUAGGUUCGAAACCCGGAUCCGGACGGACCCGGUGUUUGGAGCGCUGCCUGGUCCCGGCGGCAGCACCAUGGACGUGGAGGAUGAGAGCAUCCUGGUGUCGGUGUUUAAAGACAGCUUCCCGGACAGCUGGAGGGACAACCCGGACUUCUCGGCCUACCUGUCCGAGCUCAGCUCCUGCGGCCUGGACAAACUGGGCCGGGAGCCGGAGCGGCUGGCCGAGGAGCGGAACCAGAUCCUGCAGCAGACCCGGGAGCUGGCUUUCUCCAACUACCAGACCUUCAUCCGAACCGCGGACUGCACCGAGCACAUCUACAGGGACUUCGGUCGGGUGGAGUGCAGCGUGUCCCGGCUGCUGGACAAGCUGCCCCGUUUCGGAGAGAGGUGCAGGGCCUUCAUGAAGGAGGCGGAGGAGAUCGGAGUCAGCCGACAGAUGAACAGCCUCACUCUGAACCGCCACACGGAGAUCCUGGAGAUCCUGGAGAUCCCUCAGCUCAUGGACACGUGCGUCCGGAACGGCUACUACGAGGAGGCCCUGGAGUUGGCCUCAUACGUCAAGAGGCUGGAGAAGAAGCACUCGACGUUGCCUGUCAUCCAGGGAAUUGUGAGGGAGGUGCGUCAGUCGGCUCAGCUGAUGCUCAACCAGUUGCUGCAGCAGCUGCGAACCAACUCCCAGCUGCCUGUGUGCCUGCGUGUGAUUGGCUACCUGCGGAGGAUGGAUGUGUUUACCGAGGCGGAGCUUCGGGUGAAGUUCCUGCAGGCUAGGGGCAGCUGGCUUAACUCCAUCCUGGCUGCCAUUCCUGAGGAGGACCCAUACUUCCACAUUACCAAGACCAUUGAGGCCUGCAGGGUCCAUCUGUUUGACAUCAUCACGCAGUACCGAGCCAUCUUCUCUGAUGAGGACCCUCUGGUGGCCCCUGCAGGGGGCCAGGUGGCACUUGGCGAAGUUGCCAUUUUCUAUGGUUGGGUGGUGCAGAAGGUGGCAGAGUUCCUGGAGACACUGGAGAGGGACCUGCAGCGGGGUGUGGGGGGCCGGCUGGAUUCUCUGCUGGGGCAGUGCAUGUAUUUUGGCCUGUCCUUCAGCAGGGUGGGGGCAGACUUCCGCGGGCAGCUGGCACCAGUGUUCCAGCGGGUGGCGCUGGAAACCUUCCAAGGAGCCGUGCAAGAGGCUGUGGAAAAGUUCCAGGAGGACAUGAACCUGUACACGCUCAUCGCCUUGCCCUCAGUGCUUGGGGGCACUGUCCCCAACGUGGCCGCCAGUGUCCAGCCUGGCACCCUGCAGCCCCCCAUGGCCCUGCUAGAUUUCCAGCCACUGGCCUGCUUCCUUAACAACAUCCUUAGUGCCUUUAAUGACCUGCGGCUCUGCUGCCCUCUGGGGCUUGCCCAGGACGUCAGCAGGAGUCUGGAGGACGCCUUAAAGAUGGUGACCCGUCUUAUUCUGGUGUUCCACCGGGCCGAGCAGUCGGCCUUCAGCAGCAGAGAGAAGGAACUCUUCAUUCAGUUCUGCUCGUCAUACGCUGAGGACCUGCUGCCCUUCCUAAACCGCUGCCUGCAGGUUCUGUUCCCUCCAGCUCAGCUCGCUCUGGUUCUAGGUGUUCCUGUGGCUCAGCUGCACAGGUACAGCGGCCUGGGCUGCAUCGACAUCUCUGCGGUUCUGCAGCCGCUGGACUUUAUUCUUCCACAGAAAGAGCCGGAGCCCCUGGUGCCGGAGGUUGACAUCACAGCCGAGCUGGGAACACUCACGUUAGACACACAAGUCGGAGAACCAGAAUCCUCUCAGUCUGGUCCGGCAGACUCAGAGACAGCAGCUGAACUUAAGCGUGAUGAAGAGGAAGAAUUUGAAGAGUGACGGACUUCAAUCGGACUGACAGAAUCUCUGAAGUUCUGGACUGUUGGUCUGAUGGAUUUAAAGAAUCAUAUUGGACUUUGGUGAUGGGAUCUGAAACAACCGCAGCUGUAAUGCCCUCAGCUACUUUCUGCUUAUUAAAUGAGCUGAAAGAAAGUUGGACUAACUGAACCUUCAUGGUUCUGUUAGGAUUUGUUCUAUCCAAUAAAAUCUCUUUAGUUGUA